AUGGAAAACUAUUACUUUCAAUCUUUCAAAGAAAAUACAUAAUAUGGGGACAUCAAAGUUAAACAAGGGAUCAUUAAAUCUUUCCCUAAUACACUCCAAAUUGAGGAUACCUUCUUGUUCAGCUAGUCAGAAGAAGCAUUCAAGACUUAUCUAAUAAUAAAGAAAAACCUAAAAAUACUAAGAUAAAAUUAAUGCUGUCCUAAAAUGAUAUAAAUACUAGCUUCCUCGAAAAAGACUGUGAUUAUUUACCAACAUUUCUUGAAUACUGUCCUAAUUUGUAAUAAAAAGAAGCAAUCUCACAAGUAUUCUUGCAUGAAGGUGCAAGCUAAGCCUUAAGUAAUCAGACUCAAUAAAAUAUACUACAUCUUUUGGUUCAAAAAUUUAGCUUAAUUGCAAAUAAUGAACAUGGAAACAAUGGUUAUUGAGCAAAACAUAUUUUUGCAAAGAAAAGAGAACUGGCUUUAAGUUAUUAAAGUGCAUAGAAAAUCAGAGUUCAUAUUUGAACUUUGUCUCAGGAAUAAUAAAUCCAUAAGUUUCUAUGAUAUAGAUUUGCUAACUUCACCUCUCUAAUUAUUGCUCACAUCCAAAAUUGAGCUCUAAUAAUAAAACAAACUCACUCAUUUGACAAUAGUCAAUUAGAAUCACAUUUGUAACAUUUAGAAUGAUUAUAUGAGUGAGAAAUAUCUUAGUCUUCAGAUAAUAGAUAGAACGAGUAAAGAUAACAGUUCCAAAAUAGUUGAAUUCAUGGCUGAUGAAAAAGUAUAGCUUUUGAAUUAGAAAUAAGCUAGAAAAGGCGAUUAACCAAUUAUUAUUAAAUUAUCACAAAACCAGCUAGGUAUCUUAACUAACAUUGAGAAGUAAAAAUUUGACUUUAGCAUAUUUAGAAGGCUUAACGCUAUUAACUAAAUUCUAAGUCACAAUAGAAAUUGCGCUAUAUAUACUUAAGAAAUCAGACAUCAAGUUUUGAUCUAUAUUAUAAGAAAACUAGAUGAUGGUAGAGCCAAUAUUUGGUACGUAAAAAUCCCUAAAAAUGUAAUUGAAAAUAUAUCGAAGCAAAUUGCAAAUCCUCUAUGA